AGUGCUAGACUCGGAUGUCACCUCAAUAUCAGCGACGACAUCACAACAACCGACGCCUUAGUUCUUUUUGACUCUUGAAGUAGAAGUAGUUGUAGCCCUGUAUCAACAACGAAAAUUUUUCUAUACUUUCUGCUCUAGCGACCUCUUUCAUGGUACCGAUAGAUAGACCCUCAUAAAAGUCAUUCGACGUUGUUCAUCAUCCCUCUGGACCAUUAGCCGAAGUGGUUUUGUGUUUGGAUAAUUGUGCCGUUUCAAUAGAUAGAAUUGUACCAGACUACGUUCCUGACUACAGCACCACAUCACAAGAAUGACGGACGAGAACACUUCGCAGAUCCUGCACAUGGGCUUGGACAGCCUGACGCAGGAUGCGAAGGCCACGGAGGACUACACAACCGAAGUGAAGGAGCUGCUGGAAAAGAAGAUUCCCCAGCUGAUAUCAAAAGGAAAAAUCCCCCCUUCCCAUAUCGAAAAGAUAUGUAUCCGAAAAUUUGUGUUGCUGAUUUGUGACCACAAAUCGGGUCUGUCUUGCAAGAAGGCACACUCAGGCUGUCCGCCGCGUUAUGCUGGCGCUUUGUAAUGCUGUAAGGCCUACAGGGUAGCCGUCUACCAUGCUAGGCGCCUACCCCAAAAGGCCCCCGCCGAGGCUCAGGAUCUGCGUGCAUUCCUCUACUGCAACACAAACUCGAUUUGUGUAUCCAAAUCCAGCAUCAGAAAGUUCGUUUUGGUAUGGGGAGGUGGGAUUUUUCCUUUUGAUAGCAGAUCCAGGCGAAGCGGUACGACGACGCGGUGGAGGAGAUUUUGCUCCUGGAGAAAAAAUGCCGCCAGGCCUGCGACGCGCUCAACUGCAGCAAGCUCUGCCAGAAGGUGAUCCUCAUGUUAUUACAAGGAAAAAUGCCCCCACCCCUGCACUUGGCAGCAUUUGUAUUGCAAACCUUUCCAAUAGAAACAUUCCCCGUCUUGCAUAUCUCAGCAUCACAAAUUUUCCAUGCUGAACAGCUCAAAUUUGUGUUGCGGAGGAGCCCAACAGCAGCCGGAUCUGUUAUGCACAAGGCACCUUGCGCACCUAGAUUCUGCAUCAGAAAGGCUCGCAGUCCUUUCAUGCAAUACAAAAAGCUUUCAUUGGGAAACUUUGCAUGACAAACUUCUGCAAAUUCUGGGGUGGGGCCAUUUUUCAUUGUAAUACAUGUACAAAGACGACGCGAAGGACUGGGGCAAGAUGCUGGACUACUUCGUAUCAAAUGCAAAAAUGUCUGGGUCUGGAAGAAUGCAAGUUUGUCAUGCUUGUCUGGUAUGACUCGAGAAUCUGUGUUGCAUAGGCACGAAAAGGGCCUCUUGUCUGUCAUGCAGAACGCAGUUUGCCAUGCGGAAAACGAAACACAAGAGCAGCUCAAAAAUUUGUCAUGCUUGGCUGCGUAUUGCAGUGCGCCCACCACUCACAUUUUAGCAUCACAAGUUUUCCAGACCCAGACAUUUUUGCAUUUGAUACUUCGGGAUUCUGUGCAAAAAACGCGGGCAGCUGCGGCGGUGCAUCGUGGACCUCACGCACCUGGGGAUGAAGUGGGUAGAGGAAUAUGGGAAGGAAAAAAACAAACCGAAAAAGGAGGAGUUGAUGAAAGUGUUGGACAGUAUCACCGAGGGAAAAAUCUUUGUUGAAGUGGAGCGGGCGAGGUUAAUCCGGAUAUUGGCGGACGACAGGGAAGCCGAGGGGAAAUUGGACGAAGCCGCGCAGUUGUUGCAGGAAGUGCAGGUAAGAAAUAUCGGUGAUAUUAGGUAGAGAGAGAGUAAUAUUAGCUACGUGAUGACUGUGAUUGUAUUUGUACCAUGCGGAGAAGGAAAUAGAAUUACGUACAAUUCGGCAGCAUUUUGUCAGUAAUCUUCGCAAAAAAAAUAAAAUUGGCAUAUCGUGCAAACAGCUUCGCAAAAAAACUGUAUCAGGUCGAGACCUUCGGCAGUAUGGACAAGAUGGAGAAAGCAAAAUACAUCUUGAACCAAAUGCGGCUGAUGCUCCUUCGCAAGGACUACAUCCGGGUGCAGAUUGCGUCCAGGAAAAUCAACGAAAAGUUUCUGGAGGCGGACGAUUUCCAAGAGAUAAAACUCGAGUUUAACAGUAACAUGGUCAAGUACUACCUCCACGAAGAGCAGUACCUCGAGGCCGCGAAGUGCUACCAGAAGUCGCUCUCCACAAAAAUUAUAGCAGACGGGGAGCAACCGAAAUGGGAGCCGAUCCUGUCCCACUUGCUGUUACUAGUGCUGUUGGCAAAAAAAUCCGACGAGCAGACGGAGCUGAUGACAACGUUGUUGGAGAAAGAAGUACCAAGAAAGAAGUUGGAGGCGGUCGAGAAACUGAGGGACUUGAUGCAGCAGUUCCGAACUUCGAAGUUGAUCGCAUGGCCACUCAAAUUUGAAAGUUUACUGAAGCAGCACCCGCUCUUUACCGGUAUUUUUUUACUAUUGAGUAUACGAUUGAUGUUAGUUACUAGCAGACCCAUCGGAUUUUUUUGAAUGGGAGCCGCCCGCGUUCUUUGCAACAGUGAGACCACAACGAACAAGUUUCCUGUGCAGCAUGACCGGAAAGAACGCGGUCGUUAUAGUCUUGAUUUCCAUUUGAACUACCUGACGAGUGGCAGUUUGUCUGAUGCGCAACAUAUUCAAAAAUCUUGCUGCAAAAUCCUAAAACACAGACUCCAGCUUCGGCGAACUGAGGUGGAGCGUGAUGCGCAAGCGGGUGAUCCAGCACAACUUGCGGAUCGUGUCCCUCUACUACACCAGGAUAGAAACCAAGCGGCUGAUGCAGCUGCUCCACCUAACCCAAAACGAGCUGGAGACCGAACUUUCCGAACUUGUCAUCGACAAGAUGAUCCACGCGCGGAUCGACCGACCCGCCGGCCUGGUGCGGUUUGGGGACGAGCCCAAGCCGGAGGACAAACUGAACAACUGGGCCGGGUGCAUCGACCGGGUUCUGGAUUUGGUGAAAGAAACCGGGCAUCUGAUACAAUAUCAAAUGCAAAAAUGUGUGGGUCUGGAAGAGUCAUGCUGUUUUUGCAGGACACAGGGUAUCUUUCCUGGAAGCCCUAGCAUCACAGAUUUCGAGAAGCUUCCGCAUUGCUUGUUCCGUAUGACAAAUCCCCCACUUUGGUGACAGGAAAUGGACAUCUUUUGCUGCCUAUGCAUGAGAGAUUUGUCUGUGUUCUGAAAUGCGCAUCACAAGUUCACAUCCUUCCAGACCCAGACAGUUUUACAAUCCAUAUACAAAAGGAACGCAUGAUUCAAGACGCAAAGGCGAAAAUGACGAAGAAAAAGUGAGUAUAGCUGAAUAAAGAAGUGCUGUUGAUUUAUUUUUAUUGCGGUAGUCUACAGUAUACUGCAUCAAGUCAAACAAGUCAACGUUGCGACGUUUGAUGCAGGGCAAACAACUUACUCGUGCCUUGCUACGCUUAGCAGUGAGUGGUGCAAGCAUCGUGUCUACCUACGUCACAAAUAUCAUACGACAGGUAAAAAUGCCGCGAAGGACCUCCACAGCGGCGUGUACGACACGACCCUGCUUGUUCGGCGGCUUGUCUAGUAUUGCUUCCUCUCUUUCAGCGACACAGCAUGACGAUUUUUUCAAACCUCAUGAAACAGUGCGUAGAUGAAGCUGUUGACUUUCACAGGCGAGCUAUCCCCUGCGCGUUGUGACCACGGUAGCGACUCCUCAUGCGCUUUAUCGGAUGCUACGACUGUCAUAAGGAAGUAAAAAAGUCGGAAACGGAGAAAUUUCAGAAGCACAUCAGGC